AUGCUGUUGGCCUCCGACGCCGUCGGUCCGAUGGCGACGGCGACGGCGACGGCGGCAGCAAAGUCGACUGCGACUGCACGUGUACGCGUGCGAGUUCUGGUCACCGACGUGAACGACAAUGCACCCAGGUUGUCGGGGCGACGCGUUUUUCGGGUGAUCGAGAACCAGCCGGGCUACUCGGAGCCCGUGGGCCAAUUGACGGGAGUCGAUCCGGACGCCGGACUGAACGGCACUUUCGAGUUCCGACUCGUCGAGGUGUUGGCCGCCAAUCGGCUUCGUCUGCCCGAGGCCGAGAAGAUCUUCUCGUUGGCCGCCAAGACGGGUCGACUGUUUGUCCAGUCCGCCCUGGACCGUGAGCAACAGGCCGUCUACCACUUGUUGGUGCGCAUCCAAGACCUCGGCCGCCCGACAGCCCGCAACACCACCGAAGAGGUGCGCAUCGAGGUGGCCGAUGAGAACGACAAUCCGCCCGUCUGGCAGACGCCACGAGCUUUCGGGCUCUACGUCGACUACACGCCAACGUCGCCGUCGCCGUCGCCGUCGCCGUUGACGACGCAGGCUAGGCGUCUGCUGAACGCCGCACUCCGCUGGGCGGGCAGCGAUCAGGUCGAGCUGUACGAGUACGGAUUGGUGAAUCUGAGUCGACCGGUGUUGCCGGGACACUCGAUUGUGACGCUGGCGGCCAGCGAUCCGGACGCCCCGGAGAACGCCAAUCUCACCUUCGAUCUGAUCGCCGUGCAGCCGUUGAGGACGCCAACAACGACGCCAACGCCAACGCCGACGGCGACGGCGACGGCGACGGCGAUGACGAUGUCGGUGGUGACGCGAGGCCGGCGGCUGACGGGGCGAGACGACGUGAACAGCCUGUUUUCGCUGAACCGACUGACGGGCGACCUACAGACGGGCUCGGGCAGUCUGGCGCAGGGUUUGUUUGAGGUGCGUCUUCGCGUCUCUGACAACGGACAGCCGACGUUGACGACGGACGCCCGGCUCUUCGUGCACACCGCCGGGCCCAGCCUCGGCCUCACCGCCACCGCCACCUCUUGUCUGGCGCCCGUCUCCAGCGUCGACGUCGACGUCGGCGCAGUCGACGUGAAGAGGAGGCUGCCGCUCGUCGAACACGACCGCAGCUACUCGGACGCCGCCGGUCUUCUGCCGCCCGCCUACCCACCGGGCCUCGACCCCACCGCCCAUCUGUGCCAGGUCCCAACCAGCCCCAACCACGCCACCUCCACUCCCAAUCGUCACCUUCUCAUCGCGCCGCCCUACCUCCGAUCCGAUGACGACCGUUGCCUCGGCUACGCCAUGGCCACACGCCUCUUCGCGCCCGGCUCCGGCUCGUGCCGCCUCGACGCCUGGCGCUCGCGGGCAGACGAGCCGUCUCUCGCUUCCCUCGAGGCCAACCACCAUCAGACGGGCCUGCUUGACCUGUCGCUAGGGCUACCGGGCAUGGAAACGGACUCCAUCUUGACGCAUCACAUGUCCGCCGAGUACGCCAGUCUCUUCAAGUCGCCGGGCAGCUUCUUCUCCGAUCGGGGACACGUCAAAUCGACCGACAACUCGCCCGCCCUCCACUCCCUCCGAUAG